GGCCGAGGCGGCCUCGGCUGCGCCGCCGCGGCACGGGGCGCGCCCGAGGGGAACGGGGCCUCCCGACCUGUGGCAGCGUUCAGCAGUAAUCGGUUGGCAGCGAGCGGGGACAGGGAGGCACCCGGAGGCAGGCAGGGCGGCCGGCGGACAAAAGCCGCGGGGCAGGCUGAGGUGUAUAAAACUGCAGCGCUCAGGGAAGGCCUGAAGCGGGGCUGGAGGAGAGGCAGGGCGCCCGGGCGGCGAAGCGGCCGCGCCGCUGGAGACGAGGAGAGCGGGAAGCGGCACGCGGCCGUUCCCGACGGGUCGGGACCCGGGUUAGCCAGAGCCUGAAAUCGGCCCGCCGCCGCGCCGCCCGAGGGAGGCCUUCCUCCCGGCUCCCGCGACGGCGCCUGGCCCGCAGGGCGCUGCGGAUAAGGACCGGCAAAGCGCGGAGGGAGAGCAACGGCCCCAGGGAGAGAGGGCAGGAGAAAAAGGGGGCGGCUUCAGGCGGCGCCGACGGUGUGCGGGCAGCCGCUGUCACGGCACCCGUAAGCCUGCGCUGGAGACGGGGUGCCUGGCCCUUGCAACGUAAUCCUCCCUUUGCUUCCAAGGUUUCGGAUGCAUCUCUGUUUUAAAUUUCUUACGAGGCAGUCCUGUUUUUCCAGGGCUAGCUCUGCUGGAAAGGAAGAUGCAGGAAAAUGCAACCGGCAGGAAGAGCCUGGGAGACCUCAAGUAGAGGAAAGACUAACCAGGAAUUUUGCAGCAGCUUUAUUUUUGCAGCUAAACCACAGACAUGACAAACAAAACAUGCACCCAUGAACCCAGCAGCAGAAGCUACUUUUCUAGGUCAAGUUUGACCUCACUGAGAGUAGAAGAGUUGAGCUGAGCAGGGAAUUGGUCCUGCAGGUUUCCUGGGCAACAGGGAAAACCUGCCCUUGUGGAUCCCAUGAGCAGGAGGUUGGAGAUGGAGGAUGCUGUGUUUGAGACAAGAUGGUCAAAGACACCUGCAGUAAAAUAGGUCACAGCAGCUUCUGUAGGGUGUCGGAGAGGAAAAGGGCAAAUGGGCAGCCCCAAAACUGGGGGUCCCUGUGAACAUAAGAGGAGCAGAUUCAGGAUGGAGAGCGCUACAGAUUUGUACUGGGAGAUUCCCCAGCUUCUCAGCAAAAGUAUAUUUGAACUGGGUAAUAAAUGUGCAGAAGGGAAGUCAUUUGGCUUGUAGUAACAGGAGUUUCACAAACGCAUAGCCCUGAGUGUGUGGGAUGAGGAUGGAGGGAAGGCAAGGAAAUGGAGGGACAGUUUGUCAUUUUGCGUGCUAAGAGAGUUGCAAACAGGGAAAGAAUUUUUCUUAGUAUGCAGUUAUAUCACGGGAUUAUUAACUCAUACACCCAUGGUCAUCUGCCCCUCACUGUGUGAACGCUCGUCUCCCUUGCUGUGCCCUUUGUGCUGCUGCUCCUCCUGGCUCCUGUCCUUUGGCAGUAGUUUUCUUCUGCACAGUGGUUUCCAAUUUCUUUGAUCACCAAAGGGCUGCUCCAGGAAGGCGGUAUGCGUCGGAGGAGUGCUGAGAGUCUCUGGCUGUGACCCUGCAGAGCGUGGCUUGCAAACCCUGCUGUAAGGCCGGGACGCUCUUUGCUACAGGCCAACUCAGUCGUAAAGCUAAGCACUUUCAGGUUUGGCACAGAGCAGUGCUCUCCUUGCUCUGAGCCUGUAGAUGGUUUUUGUAGCAGCAAAUUCACCCCAAACAGCACCUGUGGAAACAGAGGCUCUGUGUGAAAGGAUGAGAGUCUGUACAAUGCUACAGGGCUGUGGGCCCAAGCAGAGGAGAGCCAGGUGGGAUCCUGGAGGAGAAAGCCAAAAAACCAGCCUGCCCAUGGGGAGAAGGAGAGAUUUAAAAGCAUCCUGCAGGAGCUGAAAGCUGUGCUCCAUCUGUGACAACGGUUAGCACUAUUGAUUUGCUUUUUGCAGUAUUUCACCUCGGGACCUGCUCUUUCCCCGUGCCACUUGGGGCUGCGUGUGACAGCAGGCCUUGUGCCGGCGGCACCCGACACGUGCCAGACGCCGGGCCCGGGAGCCUAGCGUACCCCCAGGUCAGACAAAUGGACUUUAAUAGGCUAGAUCUAAGCAACGAGGAUUUAGCAACAAAAUGAUUCAAGUCAGCGGCACUCUGCUCCCCGGCUGGGUUUCCACUCCAGCUGACGUCUCACCGAUGGCUGAUCACUCAGCAUGACGGGCUGUUUGCAGAUCAGAAAGGUGCAGCGACCAGAUAACAUCCCCACGGGCUUGGAGAGCUGCGUAAACGGCACAGCUGAGCCACAGACCUGCCUGGCUAUGGGAAAGGAGCAAAUAGAUCCGCAUGUCAGACCAGAACAGCACCGAUGAUGGGGAAUCAGACCCCCAGCACAGCCUGUCUAUGGUCUUCCUCCUUGUCUUGGUCUUCUUCAUCAUGGGACUGGUCGGUUUCCUGAUCUGCCACGUCCUGAAGAAGAAGGGAUAUCGAUGCCGGACUUUCCGUGAUGAGCUCGACCCAGAUAACAAAGAUGUGCUGACAGAGCUCCAGGCCAAUGAAGAGGAGGAGCUGAACGAGGACACCGUAGAGAAGAUUGUGAGAUGCAUCAUCCAAAAUGAAGCAAAUGCGGAGGCCCUCAAGGAGAUGCUGGGGGACAAUGAAGGGGAUGUCCCAGUGCCGGUGCCCAGCCUUUGUCCCCACCGUAACAGCCAAGAUGGGGGACCACCACAUCACCAUACAGUGCACCUGGGAUCCACACAGGCCCCCUGCAUCCACUGCAGCAAGAGGAAGAAGCCCCCACUACAUCGGCAAGGGAGGUCCAAGGAUGGGAAAGGCAGGAUGCAUCCUGGAGAGACCACUGUCUUCUCAGUGGGCAGGUUUCGUGUCACACACAUUGGGAAGAAAUCCGCUUUCCAUGAGCAACAGGAUGCCUCCCUGCCCGAUGGCAGCAAGGAGUCAAGCACAGAGGAGUUAGAGCACAGCAAUGAACGGCUCCAUCAGGAGAGUGCUCGCAAUGGAACUGUCCCCGUGGAUGGCCUGCAGAAUGGAGCUGUCCAGAAGGGUGCACAGAGCAGCAAAGGCACAGAGCAAAGUUAUGUAAACGCGCCAGCUCCGAACACACCAGCCAACUCAGAUACUCACAACAAUAGACCAGAUGGCAAGGGGCCUGGGAAGGCAGGCUCGUUGCAGGAUGUUAACACUGCUCUUGGGAGUGCUAGUCACCAAAGGAAGCAUAUGGGCCGUCAGGCACUGGGAGGGUCAAGUGCCAGCACCCCAGGAGAGCCUUUGGAGGAAGGAGGGCGGAGAGCCGGCAUCUACCAGGAGGAGGCUGGACUGGGGUCAGCAGAUGAAGUGUCAGAUAUUCACGGGAGCCUGAGUCUACAAGAAGGAACACAAGCUGAUGAGUUGGGAAGCAACUACACCAACAGGAAACAGCUUGGAGCGGAGGAUAUGGGGCAGCAGCAGGAGCUGAGUGCCAUGGUGCGGGACACAGGAAUAACCGUGUGACCUCCUCUCUGCUCCCGGCUCGGGCGGCUGAUGGGAGGCGCGCAGCCCCAUCCCUCACGCCGGGCUCAGGGCUCUGCCGUGGUGGGGCCGCGGGGGCUGAUGGCAGCCAGCCCCAGCACAGAAGAGCAGCUACGUGCUUGGCAUGGCCAGAGCGACGCGCGGACAUUAAACAGACAACUGCACUCGGCGACAGACCUCAUCCCAUUGGCAAUAGUUACCUAACUCCCACCCUCACUGCACUUGCCCCAGAGAUCCCCUCCUCAACACACUAGGCCCCAUAGGGGCAUCUCAGGCCCCUCCAGCCUGGCACGGGCAGGACAGUACCAGCACCAUCCUGGCCCAGACAUGCUGCCCACAUGGGUCCCUGCAGCUCCUGCAGCCCCCGGGGCAGCCAGCACUGCAGAAAGGACAGCAUCAGAUGGAGCCAAGCCCCUGCUGAGCAACUGGGCAGGAAUGCAGGUGCUUGACCAUGGUGAGGCACGGGCUGAGCCCACCCGUGGUUGUGGCAGCGCAUCCACACCAGCCUGGCGCAUUAAAUGUGGAGCACAGCCCCCGGGGCAUCCUAGCCUCAGUGGUGCCAGCCAGCGACCAGCUGAGCUGGCACAGCAGACACAGAGCAGAGACACGGGGCAGCAUUCGCCAUCGCACAGAGCAGUCGUGUGCCAGCCAUCCUUGGGGAGAUGCUGGCACGAGCCCUGGAUCUUCGCUGCAGGGGGACUACAGCAGUCCCCAGGAGGUGCCAAUGCAAGGAGGAACAGCAAAGGAGGGGCCUCACUCUGGCCCUGUCCCAGCUCAGGAGGGGCUAGAGCCUGGCUCUGGUGGAGCAGAUGAGAUGGAGGCACCAGCGUACCCAGCCAGCGGCAGCCAGGCCCAGGGCAAGCUUCGGUGUUUAACCGCACUGUAAAUAGACAAGCUAAAACCAUUAAAGCUGCUGAACACA